AUGGACCAGGUGUUACAGGGUAUACCUGGAACACAAUGCAUCCUUGACGACAUGAUAAUUACCGGAAAGUCCAAUGAAGAGCACUUAGAACGGUUAGAGGAAGUUCUAAAGCGAUUACAAGAGGCAGGUCUGAGAGCAAACAAAGAGAAGUGUGAAUUCUUCAAGGAGAAAGUUGUGUUUUGUGGCCAUGAAAUUGAUGCCAAUGGUUUACACAAAACCCAAGAGAAGAUCGAGGCAGUAGUGAACGCCCCUAGGCCCGAGAAUGUGUCACAAGUUCGAUCCUUCCUAGGACUGGUAAAUUACUAUAAUCGGUUUCUCCCCAACGCAGCUUCAGUUCUUCACCCACUACAUGUAUUGCUUCAGAAAAGUCACAAGUGGAAGUGGACUGAACAAUGUGAGAAAGCUUUUAAAAAUGCCAAGCACUUGAUAACCUCUGACCUAGUCCUAACCCACUACGACACAACGCUUCCAGUUAAGAUCGCAUGUGAUGCUUCACCAACCGGAAUUGGUGCAGUGUUGUCGCAUGUUAUGGCAGAUGGAAGUGAAAGACCAGUGGCUUUUGCAUCCAGAUCCCUCACCAAGACGGAGCGCAAGUACUCCCAGAUUGACAAGGAAGCACUGUCAAUUGUGUGGGGGGUCAAGAAGUUUCACAUAUAUUUGUAUGGGCGACGGUUUACACUAGUCACUGACCAUAAACCUCUGACAUCCAUUUUCCAUCCAGAAAAAGGAAUACCCAUAAUGACGGCCACAAGACUCCAACGCUAUGCAUUGUUCCUAGCUGGAUUCGAAUACGACAUUGAGUACAAGAAUACGAAAGAACACUGUAAUGCAGAUGGUCUAUCACGACUACCACUGCCAAUGACGGAGAAAGAGGAUACAGCUGUGGAUGCAGCUGACGUGUUUCAUGCAACCCAGUUAAACAUUCUCCCAGUCACCAGUGAAUCGGUAGCUAAAGAGACAAAUCGUGAUCCCAUAUUAGCCAGAGUUUAUGAUUCAAUAGUUAAAGGUUGGUCAGCACGUUUCGAGGGAGACAAGCCCUACCAUGACCGACAGAGUGAACUUACAGUUCAUCAAGGUUGUAUCCUUUGGGGAAUGAGAGUGGUCAUCCCUAGCAAGUUGCAAGAGAGAAUUCUGCGAGAGCUACAUGAUAGUCAUUUGGGUAUCGUCAAGAUGAAGGCCCUAUCACGAAGCUAG